AUGAGGUUCACAACACUCCAGGCCGCCAUCGGCUCGGCCUCCAUUCUCUUCUCGGCCCAGCCCGUUUCCGCAAACCUGGGGCACCGGCACGCACACGACCAAUAUGCGAAAAGGCAUGGGCAUGGUCAUGGCCACCAGGCUGCGGAGGUUCUCGACGCACCAAAAGUUGCUCCAAGGAAAGCGCGCUGCACCCUGCCCGACCAUCCCGAUCUGGUGCGCGUCCCUGGCGAGAAAAACAAUGGUUUUGCCAUGAGCCCUGAUCAACCCUGCGAGGAUGGAACCUGGUGUCCGCUGGCGUGCGUGUCUGGCAAGGUGAUGGCGCAGUGGAAGCCGAACACGACUUACAACCCUAAUGAGUCGAUGCUCGGCGGCUUGUAUUGCAAUGGAGGAACGCCUGAAAAACCCUUCAAGUCGGCGCCCUACUGCGUGGACGGCACAGGCGCAGUCAAGGCCGUGAACAAGGCGGGCAGCAUCGUGUCGUUUUGCCAGACCGUCUUGCCUGGCAACGAGGCGAUGAUUAUUCCGACCGAUGUUACUGACACGGCCACUCUGGCUGUCCCAGGGCCGGACUACUGGGACGGCACUGCUGCACACUACUAUAUCAACGCGCCGGGGAUACCCGCCUCUAAGGGCUGCGUAUGGGGCAAGAUCACCGAGCCGAUCGGCAACUGGAGCCCUUUCGUCGCCGGAGCCAACACCGUCGCCAGCGGCGACACAUACGUCAAGAUCGCCUGGAACCCCGAAUAUCUGUCGACCCCGCUCUCCCAAAUCACGCCGACCUUCGGCCUCAGGAUCGAGUGCCCGUCGGGAGGCUGCAACGGUCUGCCGUGCGCCAUCGACCCGUCUAAGGGCGGUGUCAACGGCCUCGACAGUCCCGUCUCGACCAACGGCGUCGGCGGCGCCAACUUUUGCGUCGUGACCGUUCCCAAGGGCCAGACCGCCAACAUCGUCGUCUUCAACACAGACGGAUCCUCCGGCUCGCCUGGCCCAUCCUCCUCCAGCAACCCUCCCUCCGCACCCAGCACAACCUCAACCGUUGAGAAACCAACCUUCUCCUCCGAGACGACAACAACCACCGCGUCCUCCUCCGCCGCCUCCUCCUCCUCUACCUCCUCAUCCUCUUCCUCCUCAGCCGCCAGCUCAAGCACAACAGACGCGUUCUACGGCGGCAUGUUCCAGGAGCAGGACGCCCAGGGCGAAACGUCGUACUACAGCACCUCCCCCACACCCACGCCCCAGCCCGCCGCGAGCUCAGUCCCAGACACGACGGCGGGCGCCGUGUCGCCCACCUCGAGCAACGAGGGCGCGGCGGCCGUCGCCGCCGAAAGGGGCUCGGCGAUCGCGGGGCUGGUGGUGGCGCUCGUUGCUGCUGCCGCGCUGUUUUAG